ACCUUGCGGUCGCCGCUUGUUGAUAAACCAGUAACAUUAUGACCGCCACGAGACGUGGUCGAUUUGUUUGAUACGUGUUCAGGGAAAACGUUCAUGUUUAUUUUAUUACAACUAUGUUAAGGAUCAAUACGACUUAGUGACUUUUGUGUUAUAGAAAAUAAGCUGGUUUGUGGUUAAUAAUUGCAUGAAAUAAGAGACGAGACGGAUCUUCUUUCACCUUGAACCCAAGUUUUUAUUAUCAAGUGGUUUUCCUCGUAGGUACCUAUUAUAAGUGUUCGACAUGAUUUCAAGAAUUUAUUUUAUACUUUUUGUUGCUCCCAUCGUGUACACCACAUCAUCAAGUUCUGUUCCGCCUAUAGACCAACAUGUUCUCGAAGAUAUCUUCGGACCGUUGUCAUAUCUCGCCUCUGCAUCUUCCCUCUCCCAGGCCGUAGCAGUCAGACCUUUAAAUGAUACUGAGCCGCAGUACUUCGACGACCGUGAUUACUAUUCCCCACCUGCUGUAGAUUACGAUAAAUUUGAUUGGGGACUCACAAAGCGUGUGGCGUCGGCUUCUAGCAAGAAUUUCCUGCUCUCUCCAUUGGGGUUGAAGCUGGCACUGGCUAUACUCACAGAAGCGGCGACCGGUCCUACACGCGCCGAAAUGGCUGCAGUACUAGGUUUUGAAUUGGAUAAGAACGUUACCAGACAAAGAUAUACAUCUAUAAUCGAGUCUUUAAAGGUCUCGUCACCUGAUUACAUUCUCAAUUUAGGCAGUCGAAUCUACUUAGAACAUAGUAUAGUACCAAAACAGCGAUUUGCAGCUAUUGCCGAACAGUUUUACGAUACACAGUUAAGAAGGAUCAACUUCAGCGAGCCGCUGAUAGCAUCCAAGGAGAUAAACGAAUGGGUCACUAAUGUUACACACGGCAGGAUUACUAAUUUAGUAGAUCAUGACGACCUCGAGAACGCCGUAAUUCUUAUUCUAAACACACUAUUCUUCAAAGGAAGCUGGAGGUAUCAGUUCUCACCAAAUGCGACCAAACCUGGAACCUUUUACGUGUCUCCCAAUGAACCCAAACAAGUGCCAAUGAUGAGCAUCAAAGAAAAGUUCUAUUAUGUAGAAACGACGAAGUAUGAUGCCAAAAUAUUGAGGAUGCCUUAUUUGGGUAAAAAAUUUGCAAUGUAUAUAGUAGUUCCAAAUUCUCUGACGGGGUUAGCAAAUGUGUUGAACGGGCUAAGUGAGUUACAAACCGAGAUGAACUAUUUGAAGGAGCGGAUGGUUAAUGUCAUUCUGCCUAAAUUCAAUUUUGAUUACACCGCCAUUUUAGAUGAAGUCUUGAAAGAGAUGGGAAUAAGGCUAUUGUUCGAGGAUACUGCUAACCUCCCUGGCAUUUCACGGGGACAAGGCCUGCAGCAGCGACUGAAGGUGUCCAGGGUACUCCAACGGUCUGGUAUUGAAGUGAAUGAACUUGGCAGCGUCGCUUAUUCCGCAACCGAAAUAUCAUUGGUGAAUAAAUUCGGUGAAGACGAUGAUGUCAGUGAAGAAGUGUUAGCGAACAAGCCGUUCUUGUUCUUUAUACAGGACGAGGUAACGAGGCAACUGCUGUUCACAGGCAGGGUUACCGAUCCCUUAAUCCUUGAUGGUGCAUUCGAAGAUACCGGAGGUUUAAAAGUAUGGUGGGUAGUUUUGAAAAGAAAGAGGUUGUGUUAUUUACUUGACUUGGCUGAGACAAUGUCGACUCCCAGAUUUCUUUUUACCAUCAUACAAUGUCUAAGCUGUCUCGCAAACAGCCAAAGCUCAGACUUCUCACGUCUGAAUUUCUUCGACAUAGACCUUCUUCGAUACUCAGCUGAGGACAAAAAGGGUAAUGUGAUAUUUUCCCCUGCCAGUAUAAAGUCUACCUUAGGCAUGAUACUGGAUGGUGCGAAUGGUGUGACGGCGAAUGAAAUAAGAAAUGCAUUGAGAUUGUCGCCCAAUAAAGAUGACUUUAGAUACCAGUUCAAUUUGUAUUUGAAAGCAUUACAGUCCAAUUCACCAGAAGUGACGUUGACGAAUGCCAAUUCAGUAUUUGUAUCGAAUAAGUUGAAUUUAAAAAAGGAAUAUGAGACUGCACUGAAACAGAUAUAUUUUUCCGACGUACACAAAGUGAACUUUACGGAUCCUAUUUUAGCUUCAAAAUACAUUAAUAAUUGGGUGAAAAAUAAUACAAAAGGUCUGAUAUCGUCUAUAGUGGAUCCUGUUAAUCUCGAGCCAUUGUCCCAAAUAUUGGUUACAAAUGCACUUUACUUCAAAAGCACUUGGAAGCAUGCUUUCGAUGAUAAGCUAACACGUGGCAUGUGCUUCUACGACGGCGGCGUCUGUAAGACUGUGGCUAUGAUGGACUUACAGACAGAACUUAAUUACGGGUACAUAGAUAAUUUGCGAGCUCACGCUGUCGAGUUGCCUUAUGCGGGAGAACGCUAUUCUAUGAUACUGUUGGUACCGCGUGAACGUGACGGCGCAAUACCACUCAUAAGAGACCUCCCUUAUAUGAGUCUACCUGAAGUGUGCAAGCAAAUGCUACCAACAGACGUUCAACUGUCUAUGCCAAAGUUUACCAUAGACUAUAGUGAAGACAUGACUGAUGCGUUACGAGCUAUGCGAAUCACCUCCAUGUUUUCCUCCAAAUCUAAUCUAACAGGAAUGUUCGUUGGAGAUUCACCGCAAAUAAAUGCAUUCUUCCAUAAAGUGUUCAUGAGUGUGGACGAAGUGGGCACUGUCGCUGCUGCAGCUUCGUCCGCUAUGGUUGUGCCGUUAAUAGCAAAUGGAGUUGAGUUAAGGGUGGACAGGCCUUUUGUGUUCUUUAUAAAGGACAAUAAUUUGGGCGUAGUACUCUUUGAAGGGAAGGUCGACGAUCCGACGCCUUAUGUCGCCUCUAACCUUGUGGUGAAAGAACCUGUCAAGGACGUCAAAUCAAAUGCCACAAAAAAUAAUAUAAUCAAUAAAUUGGCAAAGUUGACGUGAGAAUAAUAGAUAUAAGUACAGUGGUCAUACUGCUGUCAUAUUCUCGGUAGUCAUAUAAGUCAGUAAUAAUAGAUCCAUAAAUUAAAAGUAUGAGUAUUUUUAUAAUAUAACAUUCAAUGAUGUGACUGUGAUAAGUAAUCACAGUUUGAAACGUCGUAAUAAAAUUAAUCGAUAUAUACAA